AUGGCAUCACGUGCAAAUUUCCACCAGUUCCCCAGCACAUUCAAGGAUUGCCCACUCCAGGUCAUUGCUGGACCUCAAAAGACUAUCUACUACAUCCACCCUGGAGUUCUUUCGUUGUGCGGCUCACCAGUAUUGAAGACUCGCGUCAACGAUCAGUGGAUCAAGAAUGGUACGAGUGGGGCCAUUGACUGGACAGAAUUCGAUGAGGACACCGUUGAAUGCGUCUUGAGCUAUCUAUACAUCGAGGAUUAUGACGUGCGCGGUCGAACAUUUGUUGGUGAACAAAUUGACGAAGGAAACGACGAUGAUCAUAUUGCCCGACAAGCCUUCCUCUCUACAUUGGUGCCUGGCUCAAAAAUCCUAAACGAAGCGCCUUCGGAACGGCCGCUAACCCCUUUGAGUCGGUGUCUACAAGCUGGUUUGCCAGCAGAGACUAUGCAAACAGCCGCAGCAGCGUUCAUGAAGGUGCCUAUUGCUUGUGAUAAGGGGCUUGGUGACAUCGCUCUUAUGCACGCCAAGGUUUACUGCUUUGCCCACCAGUUUUUGUUCUCCAGACUCGAGGAUCUGGCUUUACAACGCCUGACGCAGCUUCUUCUCAAAUGUGAGACACCAACGGACCCGUUCUUUCUGGGUCUUACGGAUGCCAUACGCCUCGUUUACGAUUCAACACCGAAAUCGAAAUUGAAUGAUCCAGCUCGGGAACUACUUUCUCAAUAUGUGGCGCUCAAAUACACCAUACUAUCAGAGGAGAGUCUGAGAGCUCUUAUAGCAGAAGGGGGUGACUUUAUGAUUGAUGUGACCCGCAAACUAACCCGGAGGAUAUCGAUGAGUGGAACAUCGACUCAAUCUUUAGAAGAUCAUAUUGAUGGGCUGGAAUUGAAUGUUCUGAGGUUAGAGCAACAAGCUGAAAAUCAAGCUUGCUUGCUCAGGCGGGCAGAGGAAGAAAUCCUGGAAUGGGAGAGCUGGAAUCGAGGGAUUUCAUCAAAGUAUAAGAAAGCGAGAAGGAUGGUAACACCAUUCGAAUUCAGUGCGACUCAUGAACCCUCAGCCUAA